GUUUUUUAAAUUACCGUAUAAAACGCCUAUAUAACUUUGAAUCAACUUCCUUCUUACACUUCGUUUAACUGCAGGAGAGUCAACUUCUCUGGGCAUUUGACUCUCAUCUGCAGUUGGAAAAAUGCAGCCGCUGCUUGUAGUUUUGGCGCUGAUAUGCGUGGAGUCGAGCCGGGGGUUUGGAGGCAUGUGGUCUGGCAUGGACAUGGGAAUCGGGUUUUCGCGAAGAAUCAAAGACCCCGAACCACAUCCGAGCAUACCCCAAGAUGGCAGCAUCAGUGAUGAGUGGUACGAUCAGAAGCUCGAUCAUUCCAGCGGAUCCAACGGGACGACGUGGAAGCAGAGGUUCUGGAGGAGAGAAACGUUCUACAAUUGGGGCAAAAGCCAGAACAUGACAAACAUGCCAAUGUUCGUGAUGAUUGGUGGAGAGGGGGAGGCCAGUCCAUCCUGGAUGCAGGGCGGCUAUUGGAUUGAGCCGGCUCAGAAAUACAACGCUCUGAUUUUCUUGUUGGAGCACAGGUUUUAUGGCAAGAGUCGUCCAACUAAAGAUUUGUCUUUCGACAACAUCCAAUACCUGCACAGCCAACAGGCGCUGGCCGAUCUGGCCGGUUUCAUUCAGAGUAUGAAGAAGGCGUAUGGCAUGACUAAGAAGAACAAAGUGAUCUGUUUCGGUGGCUCCUAUCCGGGCAAUCUGGCCUCCUGGGUGCGAAUCAGGUAUCCGAGCAUAGUCCAUGCCUCAGUGGCAUCCAGUGCUCCAGUCGAGGCUAAGGUCGACUUCCAUGAGUACUUCGAAGUUGUGGACCAAUCACUCACUACUAUCUCUGGUGCAAAAUGUUCAAACACUGUGAAAGAAGCCAUCACAAGAAUGCAAGUGAUGUCAAAAACUCAGGAAGGAUGCAACAAUCUUACAAAACUUUUCUCAUUAUGCAAUACGCUGAGAGCUGACAAUAAAUUGGAUGUGCAGUGGUUCUUCAACGGUCAGGGCCAGAGAAUGGCAGGAGUAGUCCAGUACAAUCAGCCAGCCAAACCAAAACCUGCCAAUUUUCAGGUGGUCGACAUGUGCAAAGUUCUGGAGGACGAGAAUGAACCAGACGCCUUGCAGAGGUUCAUAAACUUGAACGACGUGUUCAGGGGCCAGUACUGUGUGGCUUUCAGCCACAAGGGAUACGCCGACGGUCUUCGAACUUCUGUUACUUGGGAUAGUCCCUAUGGCAAGGGUGGAACUAAGCAAUGGGUAUGGCAAACUUGCAAUGAGUUCGGAUACUACCAGACCAGCAACGAGAAAAAUGCUCUACUCAGCUCAACAGUUCCGGCCGGAGCUUACACUGAAGCAUGCAGACAAGGAUUCACAACUUGGUUCACAGAUGACAGAAUAUAUAAAAGGAUUGACGACACCAACACGGUAUAUAAGGGCAGAACAGCUGAUCCGAAUGUAUGCUAUGUUCAUGGAUCGAUUGACCCUUGGAAAGCAUUAGGUAUUACGGCUAACCAGGGAGCUAUUAUUAUAGAAGGAAGGGAAGGUCGGCAUCUGGAUAGUACUAUUUUUAUUCAGCCAGCCACACAAUCCACGAUGGAUAUACAUCGUUUUUUGACGUUCCUGCUGAUUGGUCUGCAAGCCAUGACUGGACUGGCUUUCGAACUCCCUCUGGGUUUGGGAGUUCCCGAGCCUCUGCCAGAUGCUCAGAAUCCCUACCAGGGCUGGUUUACACAGAAACUCGACCAUUUCGACCAGAAUAACAACUAUACCUGGACCCAAAGAUACUUCAUCAACGACCAAUACUACAGACAAGCGCUGCAGAUGGGGUGGAAGAACAUGCCGGUGUUCGUGAUGAUAGGGGGGGAGAGCCCCGCCAGUGCCAGUUGGGUUCAGGGGGGCUAUUGGAUGGAGCUCGGGGGUCCCAAGGGGGCGCUAUUCCUGCAUUUGGAGCACAGGUUCUAUGGAGAGAGUCGGCCCACGCAAGACCUGAGUUUACAGAGCCUGCAGUAUCUGACCAGCUAUCAAGCUCUGGCUGACUUGGCCACAUUUGUGACCGCCAUGAAGCAGAGCUACCGCCUGACAGAUGCUAACAGGGUGGUCGCCUUUGGCGGCUCCUACCCGGGCAACCUGGCUGCCUGGUUCCGCCUCAAGUACCCCAACAUCGUCUUCGCCGCCGUCUCGUCCAGUGCGCCUGUGCAGGCUGAAGUCGACUUCUAUCAAUACUAUCAAGUGGUCUCCAAUUCGCUGGCUUAUUACAACAAGAACUGUCCGCAAGCCGUCUAUGCAGCUGCUACAAAACUCGUCGAGUACUCGAAAACACAACAAGGCUGUGAUUAUAUCACAAGGCAAUUCCACCUGUGCACCCCGCUACAAGCCAACAGCCCAGAGGACAUUCAGUACUUCUUCAAGGGCCAGGCUGAGAACUUCCUGUUCACCGUGCAGUACAACGAGCCUGGCUUUAUAAAACCUGAAAAGAUAUCUGGUUUCAAUAUUCCACAGAUCUGCAACAUUAUGACCAACACCCAGGUGCAAGACCCAGUAGUAAGACUGAGUCAGGUGAACGAUGUAUUCAGAAAGCAGUAUUGUGUCGCAAGUUCGUACAAGCAAUUCAUCCAAGGACUCAGUGCUACAGGCUGGAACAGUCCCUACGUUCAGAACAACUACCGUCAAUGGCAAUGGCAAACUUGCAGAGAGUUUGGAUAUUACGUGACUUCUGCCACUUCCAAUAGUCUUUUCGGCCAGAGCAUUUUUCUUGAAACGUUUGAACGGAUCUGCAGGGAUGCUUACACGCAAGGAUUCACGAGCCAGCAGAUAGCGAACAAUGUGGCGGGAACGAACAACUACUACGGAGGCAAAGCUAUGACUGAGACGAGGGUGGUGAACGUGCAUGGCUCUCUCGAUCCCUGGCAGGCGCUCGGCAUCACACAGUCCAAGUCUCAGCUGCAACCAGCCAUCUACAUUAUUGGAACAUCACAUUGUGCCGACAUGACGUCAUCAACAAGGAACGACCUCGCUACUCUGACCAAAGCCAGGCAGGACAUCACAGCAUACAUGAACUCCUGGUUGGGAAGCUAGGCAUUCACUCUCACUUUGCUGACAGUUUAAAGAGAAUCCCACUAUGGACUUGCUCCACAACAUCCACAAAAAUUAACAGGUUUCAGUUGUAGACUCAGUUGAAUAAAAAAUAAAUACCACUUUCU